GUUGGAUUGUUUUUGUUAAAUUGAUGCCUACCCCAAGUUAACACAAUGCUGCUACUACUGCUAGCGGGGCUCGUAUCCACAGCCCUCGCGUUCGACUGCCCCACAAACUGCAGCUGCGCCACUGGUGAUGAGUUGGAGUAUUACUGUCCAGUGGCAGAUGACCAUGUGACGUUUAAAGGACGGUUUCAUGAAUAUGCUAUUGUACAUUGUCAGGGAACAAACUUCACCUGCGAUGACCUCCCCAUCAUAAACUUCGGUAGCUCCAUGCCACUCCCCUCUCUUGGCGUGAAGACCUGCCCCCCUUCAAUACUGCCGUGCCUCAACCAAGCACUGAACACCCCCUCUAUAGGCUACGUGACGCUCAUUGAUACCACUGAGCCGUUGGAGCUUCAAGAUGUUCAAGAAUUGGGGGAUGUGAAGAAUCUGGUCAUUAUGAAUGGAGCCGACAGAAAAAUACCAAUUACAGUCAUCAACUACUUAAAAACUCUUGAAAAUUUCCGUAUGACGAACACACCACUUACUCUUCAUAGUAAUGAUUUCACCAAUUCGACUCCGCUGGUGUUUCUUGAGUUGUCAAUGGCUGGCAUUAAGGUGUUGCCUGAUGAUGCCUUCAAUGGCUUGGGGAGCUUGAAGACCUUGAAUGUUUGGGGGAAUCGUUUUAGUGAAGUUAAAGUGGAUUCUUUGAGAGGACUAUCCUCCCUACAAAUUCUAUCACUAGACUCUAACCACAUAGCGCAUAUGGCUGUCGGGUCAUUGAACCAUGCACCCUUACUGAAGAGCAUAUCACUGGUCAGAAACCAGCUGGUAGAACUGCCUCCAGGCUUGUUCCACAAUCUCACGAAGUUAGAAAAUAUAACAAUCCAAUCAAACGCCGUUACCCUAAGUCUACAUAACCACUCCUUCUCAAAUCUACCCUCAUUAAGAAACCUUAUAUUAGAAGACUGUGGAAUAAAACUACUAGAACAACCUAUUUCCGGUUCCUUCAACAUAGAACACCUAUCUUUAUAUAGUAACGAAAUAGAAAGCAUACCUUUAUCUUUCUUCAAAGAUAUGCCAUCCUUGCAAAGAUUGGAUUUGAGUUACAAUAGGAUUAAGAAACUGGAUAGUGGAGUGUUUCAGGCGCUGAAAAAUUUGGAGUUUUUAAAUCUGAAUAGAAAUCAUUUGGAAGUGUUGCCUGACUUCCUUUUCUCCGGCCUGAAAAAAUUAAACCACGUUACAAUAGAAAAUAACUAUUUGACCCACAUCAGCGAAUUCACGUUCCAAGGGGCAAUUAAUUUACAAACGAUAUCUUUAAAAUCCAACCAGCUAACAUUACACCCCUUCCCGCAGUCGGCUAACGAGGAUUAUUAUACCAACUUGAAUGUUAUGUCGCCCUUUGAAAAUUUACUCGAGUUAAAGAAUUUGUAUUUGAAUGAUAACUCUAUAAAUACUAUGUUUGAAGAUUGGAACCUUAUAUUGACUAAGCUGGAAAAUUUGGACUUGUCCUAUAAUAAUUUUACGAUGCUUCAGCAAUUAGAUUUCCAGUUUUUGAGCAACAAAGUCACCGUUGAUCUCCGACACAACAAUAUUACUAGCAUUAUAUUAGACAAUGCUACAUCACCGGAUGACUACAAAUCACCACUUGACUUAAAAUCACCAGAUACCUCAAAAUCACCAACCAGCUCAAUUUUGCUCGACAAUAACCCACUUAUGUGCGAUUGUGGUAUGUAUAACCUAGCUUUACGACUAAAAGGAUAUAAAUAUAUAAACGCAGAACCUAAAUUUGUACUAGGAAACGCGAAAUGCGAAUCACCACAGAGACUAAACGGUGAUUUGUUCAUAAACGUAUCACCAGCCGACUUAAAUUGUGAUUUACCAGUCGAGGCUUGUAUGCAAAAUUGUUCUGUAUGUGAAAUGAGACCAGGAAAAGAAGAUUUGUUCUUCAAAUGUACGUCUAAACCUCAAUUUUUCCCUAAUCCCUUAGAUUUUAAUGCUAAAUCUAUUUCUCUAAGAUUGUAUGAACAACCAAGUUAUAUAAACGAUUUAAAUCUUCAAUUACUAAAUCUAUCUAACAUUGGUUUGAAAGAAAUUACUUUUGAGCCGUCAAAUUCAGUUAAAAUGAUAGAUUUUUCCAAAAAUAAUUUGUCAAAAAUACCUGUGGAAUUCUUAAAAUUGAAUACUACAUUAUAUCUAUCGAAUAAUCCUUUUAAAUGUGAAUGUGGCAAUACAGAAGAGAUUUUACUACUAAAACAGAGUUUAUAUAUAAAAGAUUUAGACAAAAUUACUUGUGAAAACGGUGACAAAAUAUUACUUAAAGAUAUCAACUCUCUAUGUAGCUCUAAGAGAGCAGCCGUUAUAGCCAUUGCCACAUUUUUAGUCCUAUUUUUAACCAUGGCUAUUUUCCUAGCCAUAAUUUACAGAUUUUCAAGAACUAUUCUAGUUUUUCUUAUCGAAAAAGGCUUAUUUCCUAGCUGUUUCGUCGACGACCAAGUCGACAAAAAUAAAGAAUUCGAUGUUUUUAUUUCUUAUGCUCAUAAAGACAGGGAAUUUUUGACCAAAUUAUUACCAAAAUUAGAAAAUGAUUUUGGUUUGAAAACUUGCGUCCACUAUAGGGAUUGGGCUGUCGGUGAUUUCAUACCGGAUCAAAUAAAUCGUUCCGUAGAAAAUUCUAGGAGAACAAUAAUUCUGCUUUCUGACAAUUUUUUAGAGUCUGACUAUGCUAAUAUGGAGUUUAGGGCUGCCCAUAAUUUAGCCCUAAAAGAGGGUAAGACUCGAGUAAUAUUAAUUUUACUCCACGAUAUAACAAAACAUGAAAAAUUGUCAGACGAAUUGAAACUACAUAUGAAAAUGAAUACAUACUUAAAAUGGGAUGAUUUUAGAUUUUCUGAACGGUUAGAAAAAGCUUUACCGCUGAAAAACAAUAAGAAAUUUGUUUUAACUAAUGUUUUUAAACAAGUUCAGGAAAAAUCGGUUAAGCCAGGCUUAGACGUACAUUUGAACAGUAACGGCCAGUUAGUUAAUAUGGCCGUUAAAGAUGUGGUUUAAUUUUAACUGUGGUUUAAGUAAGACUGGUAUUUCAAGUCUUUAUACAGUACCUGUGUUUUUUACCCGACUGCGCUCGAUAAAAGAGGGUUAUGUUUUAUGUUUAUCAAGCAAUGUUUAGUCUAUGAUCUCUCUUUAUAAGUUAUAUGGCAUCAAAAUCUGUCUGUCAAGUGAAUGUAAUUUUUUGGUAGUUAUCUUAAAAUUAACUAGACAGAUUUUGAUGAAAUUUACACACAGUUAAAGUACAUAAAAAUCAAUUUUAUUGAUCUGGGAAUUGAACCUAAUAUCAGCUUAAGUACCUUUAUAAUCGGCAGCCAAAAUAAUUAUUUGAAUCUCUAAGGGAUUGUUCACACCAAACGUAUUGUCCGCCGCUGACUGUGAGUAUACUCACUGUCUGCCCCAGUGUGAACGUCGACUCAAUCUGCAGUACGCGUACUCACCAAGCCGACAAUAGGCUAUAGCGUACGAUGCGCUACAUGUGUGAACAAAAGAAUAGGCUCUUGUAGGUUCACACUAGAUGCGUA